CUCCCCACCAGGUGCGUCUUCAGUGCACCUUCCUUUCCUUGCUUCCCCAUCACAUCGCUGCUGCUGCUUCUUUCUGCCACAGCCCACUCCUUCUUCUUCGACUUGAUGCGCAUAAUAAAUCAUCUCUGCAAGAGCCCAGUCUCAGCGCGAGGCGUUGCUGGAUUUGAAACAGGCGAGAGUCCGCGCCUCGUGACAAGGAAGCGGGAUCUUUUAGAUCCACUGCAAACAACGUGGGUGUUGUGAGAGAGCGAGAGAGAGAAGGGGGAGAGCGCGCGCGCGCGUGUUUUUUAUCUUUAUUUUGGUGGGGAGUGAAGGAGAAUGAGCCGUGUGCGCGCGCGCCUCCUGCGCUACCCGUUAUCUGUGAGUGGCCACCGGCUCAAUUUCACCUGUAUGAACGACCUUCAAUUGUGACCGAAACGAGCUUUUCCAUGGAGGAGCGGUGCGUCUUUUCCGCUGUGAGAUGUGAACGUGGCUCGCAUCUGUCAGGAUAAGGAGGUCACGCUCAUCUCUCUCUCUGAGAACACAAGUGCCAUUUUAAAGCUUAUUGGAUGAAAGUCUCAUUUACCUCUGGCUGCCAAAGAUGACGCUGCCAUGGAAACAACUUCUGCUGUUAUCAAUCAUCGACUGUCUGACAGAUUGUCUGGACAGUGGAUCAUAUCAUGGCCCACGCUGGAGGAUGGAGCCAGGUGACUUAUUUAUUCCUGUUGAUUCCAUAGAAGAAGAAGCCACGCUGACGUGUGACGCUAAGGGAAUGCCAGCUCCUCAAUACAGAUGGUCACUGAACGGGACUCUCAUAAAUCUGAGUCUGGAUCGGCGGCGGCGUCUGUCUGGGGGCAACCUCAUUAUAAGCAGUCUGGAUCGCUACCAGGAUGUUGGGAUUUACCAGUGUAUGGCCUACAACACUGUAGGAGCCAUCCUCAGCCGGAGAGCCAGUCUACAGUUUGCCUACCUAGAUCAUUUCAAAGUUCACACCAGGAGCGCUGUGUCGGUCCGAGAAGGGCAGGGAGUGGUGUUGCUGUGUGGAACGCCUACAUCCUCAGGAGACCUAACCUAUGCAUGGGUCUUCAAUGAGUACCCAUACUUUGUUCAGCAAGACAAUCGGCGCUUUGUCUCCCAGCAGACAGGAAACCUUUACAUCUCCAAGGUGGAGUCCUCAGAUGUGGGUAACUACACUUGCGUGGUGAUGAACAGCAUCACAAAGGGCAAGGUUCACAGCUCACCCACCUCGCUGAACCUUAGGACAGACGGAGUCAUGGGUGAAUAUGAGCCAAAAAUAGAAGUUCAUUUCUCAGACAAUGUACCUGCUGCAAAAGGAACAACUGUUACUCUGGAGUGUUUCGCCCUUGGGAACCCCGUCCCAGAAAUCACCUGGAGGAGAGCGAAUGGAAUUCCCUUCCCCAGCAAAGUUAAAAUGAAGUACUCCAACGCCGUGAUGGAGAUCCCCAGCUUCCAGCAGGACGACGCAGGCGGCUACGAGUGUGUGGCUGAGAACAAGAUGGGCAAAAACACGGCGGCGGGGCGUCUGGCCUUCUAUGCCAAACCUCAGUGGAUCCAGACCAUGAAGGACACCGCUCUGGCCAUAGAGGAGAGACUGUAUUGGGAGUGCAGAGCUAACGGAAAGCCCAAGCCCUCCUACACGUGGCUGAAGAACGGCCAGCAGCUCCUUUCAGAUGACAGGACCCAUGUGGAGGAUGGGGUCCUGUCAGUGUCGAUGCUGACAUUAACAGACGCUGGCAUGUACCAGUGUGUGGCUGAGAAUAAACACGGUGUCAUCUAUUUUGCUGCUGAAUUAAUGGUUCUAGCUUCUCCUCCAGACUUCACAGGGAACGUCCUCAGAUCUUUGCUCAAAGCCAAGGCAGGAACUACCGUGACUUUGGAGUGUAAGCCCAAGGCCUAUCCCACAGCCAACAUUCUAUGGAAGAAAGGGAACCUUCCUGUCCAGACCAAUGACAGGAUCACGCUUUCUUCAGACGGAACUCUGAGGCUUGCUAACGUCAGCAAGUCGGAUGCAGGCAGCUACACGUGCUUCGCGAGGAAUAGAUUUGGCAUGUCAAGCACAACUGGAAGGCUCCUGGUUACGGAUCCAACCAGAUUUGUCCAGGGGCCGGUGGACAUGGAGAUCAUCGUGGGUGAGAGCAUUGUGUUGCCUUGCCAGAUCGCCAGUGAUCCCGUACUUGAUGUUUCCUUCUCCUGGGCCUUCAAUGGACAGCUGAUCUCCAAAAGAGAUGGUCACUUUGAGCUCGUGGGAGGGAGAACAGCAGGCGAUCUGAUGAUCAGGAACAUUCAGCUUUACCAUUCUGGCAAAUACAUCUGCGUGGUGGAUACUGAUGUGGAGAGCCUGUCAGCCGUGGCUGUAUUGAUCGUGAAAGGCGCCCCCAGUCCUCCAGACUCCGUGACUGUGGAGGAAGUGACAGACAGCACGGCCCAGCUGGCGUGGAGCCCCGGCAGAGACAACGGCAGCCCCAUUACCAAUUACCUCAUUCAGACCAGAACUCCCUUCACUGUGGGCUGGCAGAGGGUUAACACAGUACCAGAAAUCAUCACUGGGAGCACUCUGACAGCCACUGUGGUCGACCUCAACGCCUGGGUAGAAUAUGAAUUCAGGGUUCUGGCCAAAAACAGUGUUGGGGUCGGAGAGCCCAGUCCUGUUUCCGUUAAAACAAGGACAGAAGAUGCAGUUCCAGAUGUGGCACCGGGAGAUGUGGGUGGAGGAGGUGGCAGCAGAUCUGAGUUGGUCAUCACAUGGGAGCCUGUUCCUGAAGAACUGCAGAAUGGCGAGAGCUUUGGCUACAUCAUUGCUUUUCGUGCCUUCGGAGAAGUCAGCUGGAUUCAUGUGGCCACUUCUGCCCCCGGUGCAUCUCGCUAUGUGUACCGCAACGACAGCAUCGCGCCCUUCUCUCCAUUCCAUGUCAAGGUUGGCACUUACAACAGCAAAGGACAGGGUCCUUUCAGCCCAGUGGUCACCAUCUACUCUGCAGAGACGGAGCCAAGUGGAAUGCCAGUGGGAGUUUGGGCCAGAAGUGUCUCAGCCUCAGAGAUUGAGGUGAAUUGGCAGGCUCUCUCCAUCACUCCUGAAAGAGUUCUGGGCUAUGAGGUGGUCUACUGGGAGGACGACACUAAGCCGGAGACCAUGGGGAAGGUCCGGGUGCCUUGGAACCAAACUUCGGUCACAGUGAGCGGCUUGGCAGGAAACUCCCAGUAUUUCCUAACAGUUAGUGCCUUCAACACAGCAGGCACUGGCCCGUUUCUUCCUGCAAUCAACGUCACCACAAAAAAACCUCCUCCAGCUCAACCUCCGCUGAAUGUUGAAUGGACACUAAUUGGCUCUCAGCUGUCGCUUUACUGGGAGCCUGUGGUGGCAAUGGAAUCAGAGUCUGAAGUUAAAGGCUAUCAACUUUCAUACAGGAGGCAGAGACACAAAGAGGUAAACACUCUCACAACAACCAAUUCAACAGCGGAGCUGACCCUCCCCGAGGGUGACGAUGACUACAUCAUCCGCAUUCAAACCACGAGUGAAGGAGGUCUGGGGCCAGCCUCAGAUCCCAUACGAAUACACAAACUAAGUAUGAGUGCCCGCGGCUCCAGAGCCUGGAGCGCAGACGUCUCCCCCGUCUCCUUGUUUCUCGCCAUGUUCAUGUCAACGUUCAGGUCAACAUUGUGACACCCAACUUUGCUCUGGUUUCCAACAGUCAGUAUUGUUUUUACAGAAUACCUUUAUGGAAGUUGUCAAGUACUUUCAGUUUCUUUGGACUUGUUUUUACAGGCAGUACAAAAAACGCUGUCACUAAACAAACUCAAGUGCUUAGUUUUUACCUUUAUUUCUUUUUCAAAGAAUUUUACAUAAAAAAAUGUAACAUCUAUUCUGAUUGGACAAAAACAUGCUUCAUUUCAGGUAUAUAUUUUUAACUCAUUUAUGUAUAUUUUAUUAUCAUUAUUAUUUCCUUCUUACUUAGGAAUGCUACAGAUGCCUUACUUCCAUUUGUGUGCCAAAGUAGUUUCAGCCUUUUUGAUGUUCUUGCAAUGAUGUUUUUUUUAACUUUUGGUUUCAUAAAAUGGUUUUUGCUGUUCUUUGCUGAGGGUUCUGCUAAAAGGUCUUAUUUUUCCUGCCUAAAUGUUCAGUUUUCCUCUUCACAGCUGGGCGAGAAAAGUAGAAGAUGUUUGUUUACCUGUGCCCGUGCCUUUGGAGAUUAUUAUAAUAGCCUCUCUUGUAACACCGGCAAGUCACAGUGUGACAAAACAUACUUCAGCUAUUUUUAUUUUGUGUUUUUUUUUUAAGUUUGAGGUGGUGGUGAAAGGUAAAAAAUCUCAAAGCAAAGUUGGUUCUUUUGCACUGAAUGUUGCCAUUCUGAAGAGAUGAAGGUUUUCUUGUCUCCUAACACCAAUUCUCACAGAUCUAUUGAUCCGGUGAGGAAGUAGUGCCAAACAGUCAUUUCUUUAAAGAUGUUGAUUUUCUGUAUUAAAGACCCAUUCUGAUCAUUUGAUUUAUUUUAAAAUCGUUCCCAGUGGUCUAUUAUAAUUUUGCAGUUUUCUAGCCAAAAUUGAAAAAAAAAAAAACCUGCGUUGUUUUCUACGACACAGGUUUAUAGAAUUUUUCCUCUGACUUGUCGGCGGCACCACUGAUGUGGAGUAAGCCCGCCCCCAUUUCCCCAUCAUCUAUAACUGAGAGCUCUCCCACUAACUUACAGCCCGUCAUAUCCCCAACCUAACAUUACCAGUACAGCAAAAAUGGUGCAUCAGCCUGGGGCGGAGCAGGAAGCUCAUGGCCCGCCCACUGUAUUUGUGAUGUCACAAUUAAAAUAUUUUUCAAACUGGAUUUUUUUCAUCCACUCCCGGUUCACAGCUAUUUGAAUAAAGACAAUUUUAAGCUUAAUUUGAUUAAAAUAUGUCCUCCAUCAUUAGAAGAAAAUGUUGAAAACAUAAUUUUCAUCGGAGUGGGUCUUUAAGAAAUGUUUAUUUUCUAAUACAAAAGUACUCUGAAAGUGUCCCUGUUUGACAUCAAGCUGUUUUAUGAAUAAUCAUUGUCUGUGAAAAAAAAUCAUUAAUUUUUUCUGUGAUUUUUUUUUUCUUUAUCUCCUUGGUUCUAAGCUAACAACCGGAAAUCCAUUAGCGUCUUUAUCUCUCUUGAACAUGGCAAACCAGCAGAACUUGACUUUCUCUAAAAAUCAAACAUGUGCCAGCUCCUAUGAAGCUUGUAUAUUGUACAUUGAUGUCAUCAAAAGUAUUUUACAGGAUGACAGUCCUAAAAGCACCUGUGAGCUCUUUUGUGUUUUUGCCUGCUGAAUGGUGGAGGAAAUGUUCAGAGCACAUGUCUUUAGAAAGCCAUCUUUGCUCUUUCGGUUAUCUAGGAAAUCUCAGACACCUUACUUGACUUUCCUUUGUUACAUUUUGACUUGAAAUUCCAAGAAAAAGCUGCAAGGUGUGGCUUUGAAUUGAUGCCUUUACUGCUGGCCAGAUAGCAUCAUUAACUCGAUAAGGCAUUAGUGGAAAUUAUCGUUCACAGCAGAGAGCUUAGUGGUUUUUAAAAAAAAUAGUAAAAAAUAUUUUACUUAUUAUUUUUUUAGGAAAAUGCAUUUUAUUUAUCAGGACCCCAUAAUUUGUUAAUUGACUUUAAUACAGAUAUUCUUCUCUUUAGUCAAAGCACAAACUCUUAGGGUGCAUUUUACACAUUCUAUUAAUCUUAAAAAAUACUUUUCUUGUCAAAUAGGCUGGUUGGUGAAAUCCUCUUAAGGAUUUAGAACAUUUAAUUGAGGAAAAACGUAGACUGCGAAGUUUAAAUGAUUCAGAACAAGCCACAAAUUCUGGAGCCAAAUGAUAUUAGGGUGUAAUUGUACAGCACUUUAACAUUUUCUCCUCCUCUGAGCUCCCCUCAUGCUGUUUGGCUGUUCUUUUUAUGAAAACAGCAGAGUUCAUUUUACAAAUAUUUCCGAGAGUGGCACAGUCAGAUGGGAUUUGAUCUAAUCAGUUAAUGACAUGGCAGCAAUUCAGCGCAUUUUGACGUGUAAACAUGCUUAAGAUUACAGUAAUGUCAUAUCAUUUUUUAAAAAUGUAUUUAAGUAUACUUAUACAAAGAAAAAAACAGUUUUAAACAUAUUGUUUUAUUAUUAGUUCAUGUUUCUGAAAAUAGUGACCUAAAUAUGACAUUUUAGCAUUACUAAAUUUUACUUUUCCACUGAUUUAUAGACUAUUGAGAAUAAAUUCAGAGUAUAUUUAAACAAAUUGAGCAUUUUAUAGUUCAAGCACCAAAUAUGGCAUCCAUUCUAAGAUACUUAGGAGCCCCUCUUUCAGAAAACCCACAACAAAAAUUCAAAAUGGCAGCCAUUUUUAAAUAUAGUAGAAAAACGCUCAAUUGCUACAAAAAUAUUCAAUGUAUUUGCCUCAGUCUCAACAAUAUGGGCUGUUCAUGCAUAAAAUGCAGUCUUUAAGCUUAACGGGAUCCUACAGAAUACUGUUUUAUGUAUAUUCUAUACCAGGGGUGAGCAAACUACUGCAGCCCGUUAAAUUAUUUAAUCUGGCCUGUUGGAACAGUCCAAAAAAUUACAUAAAUAAUCGUUAUAAUGCUUUAGUUUUCCCUGUGAUUCUGAUGUCUCUACAAAUACAUUUACAUUUGUUUAGGUGGAGAAACUGAUUUUGCAUUCAUGUCGUGUUGGAAGAUUUGUUGUGUUUCUGACGUUCAUGUGUGUUUUCCGAGUCAUUUUUCCGAUUAUUCCAACACCUCAUGAACGCAGCAUUUCUCCAAGUUUGCGUAUAUCCCUGAGGGACACCAACACAAUGGUGCAAUUGGCACUAAAAUGCAAACAAAAGGCAAACUAAAAACUCCAAAAUGUUCUGUUAUACUUGUUUUCAAUCACAAUUAAAGCAUGUUUUCUUUUCUUUUCUUGUUUGACCUUCUGUCAGCCUUUGUGACCCACGAGCAAAAAGGUUUAUCCACCCCUUUUACAUACAUAUUAUAUUUAUUUUAAAAUCUUGAAUUUUCUCGUGGCUAACAUGCUUUUCUGAAAGAGGGCAUCCUAAGGUGCAUCUAUGCCAAAUUUGGUCCAUUUACCACCAAAUGUACAAUUAUUUUAAUAACCGGCUCCACUCAUUUUACAGUCUCUUCUGGAUUAGAAAAUGCCUUUCAGUGCAGCAUUCAUCAGGAGUUUGUAAGGUUAAGGUACGUUCACAUUUAUUGCGCUACAGUACAUCCAUAUUUUGAACAAUCUUGGGAUUGCUCCCGCUGGAACUGAUUAUCCGAUGUUCGCAUCCACUUCACACCCCCUUCACACCACUGUUUGCCAGGCACGAGGAGGUGAGAAAAUACGCAGGGUUUGAACCUUUUCUUAAGGUAUUUGUGUUGUUGUUCAUCAAUGCAGAGGAGAGAAAUAUUAUAAACACUUCCAGCGAUGCUCUGAAAAUAUCUGCCACAGUUUCUAAUUCUCUUAUAAGUUAUUACAACGUGUCCUGGCUUAGAAUGGUGUAGAUUUAUCAUUGAGGAAACAUCCUAGUUUACAUAAAUAUUUUAAUUCCUGAUUACAAGAAUGAAAAUUUGAAAAGUAAAUUAGUAAAAAAAUGAUUUUGACUUAAGUUUUUUACAUAACUUUUAUUUUAGCCCACAUAAGGAAACAAUUAGCUAAUUGACACAGCUGACCAAUCAGAAUUCUUCUCGUCUUAAAAUCGCAAAUUCCUCAGCUGUUGUCAUAUUGAUCUGACGAAAUAACUCUUGUAGAUAGUCGUAUGGAUUUUUUUUUUUUUCACCCAUGUAAUGACAUUUUAGAUACUGACUGGUUAAUGGGAAAUACAAGUGACUUAUUCUUCAAUAGUGAAGGAAGUAAUUAGUUUCAGUCCAAGUCUCCAUCCAUCUGGAUGACACGCAGCCAUUGCCAGUCGCCAUGCAUCAUCAACCGCUGUAGUCAGGACAGGAGGUUUAAAGUGCUGCCAAUUGUGCCAGUCUAAUAAUUGAAAUCUAGCCACCAGCUUAGACAUUAUUUGGCUAAAUGUAUGGUCGGCUGUAUUUUGUACUUUGUAAAUCGGUCCUUUGUUGUCGGCUGUGUUGGCCUUUUCUAUGUGGUGUGUGUUAUCAUUUUUUAUUUAUGCGUUUCAGUGAUACCCAGCUGCUCAGGUAUUCAGGCCUGCUUCGCUCUACCUUUCAAUAGCUCUGAAAAGGCAGGAGAUCAGAAAGGUGUUAGCACAAAACGCAAGGGGCUGUUUAAUGGUCCUCUGUGAUGAAUAGAUACCCUGAUAGAUGCCACAUUAAAAUAUCUUAAUGAAUUAAAAUGGGCCUGAGGGGGUUCUGUUGGAAAGGGCAAAGGAGUAAUGGUACUAAUGAUAUCCACACAAGACCAAUUUAUCAGGAUUUAGGAAAGUCUGAAUCAGCAUGACACCCAAAAAAAAGGUGUGUAUGAGGGUGAGUGUGAGCAGUUAUUACUGCCGUGUCACAGAAUACUCUCCAGGAGGAUCAUUGUGAAAAUUACUUUAAACUUGUUUCUUCCUAAUCCGUGGUUGGAACUUUUUCCGACAUUGAAGAAGAUUAAUAGGUCAGUUUUCAAGGAACCUUAGAGAAAGAUGCACAUUCAUGGAGGGGUUCAAAUUCUGCCUUUUUUCUGAUUUUCUUUUAUUUCCAGAUGAGCAAAAUGACUUCAAACUGUCUUGUUUGUUUUAAAGUGGGGUCAAUCUGUUCAUGUUCUAUUUUUCAUCACUUUACUUCAUUAAGAAAACUCAUCUUUUUAGCUGAUCUAAACUCAAAAGAAGCAGCGUUUGUAUUUUGGGUAGCAGCAUCGCCAGCCUCUUUGUUUUGUAUUGUGUCCGUACUGUGAAAACUAUUUGCUUUCAUUUAUGUUUAAUAUUCUUAGCUUUUUAUAUACAUAUAGGUAUUCUUCACAAAGGUCAAGUGUUGCUAAAAUAAGUGAUGAAGAGCCAUUGUUUGCUAAUAUAAAAGCCAGUUUUUAAAAAAGUGCUUGCCUUCAUUCAGUAUGCUGUUUGUCAGGGGUCUGCAACCAAACUAUUACUUUUACCCUUUAAAAAAGCAAAACUAUUAAAAUAGAUAUAUGUUUGGUUUUUUUCAUAAAUAAAACAAAGGAAAAAUAACCACUUAAGAGUUCCUUUCAAAAUAAAAGACAUCUUGUGCCACUCAUCAAAAUGCAGCAAAUGUAGCUGUUGGUAGUGCGAUGGCAUCAGAAUUAAUUAAAAAAAACAGUUUAUUAAUAAUGAUUAGUAAUAAAUCCAUAAAUUGGAUGUACUAAAAUUGAAUUAGAAGUAAUGAAGUGACCCUUAAAGUGCACUAAAAGUCAUUGAAUUUGCUAUAAAAUUGAUCAUAUGCCUUACAAUAAGUCUUAAAUUUGAAUUCUGGUUGACAUCAAAUUGAUUUUCUGUGGUACCCAAUGCUCAAAAAUCGGUUAAAUAUCCUUAAGGAUUGAUGGGGAAUUAGUCAGGAACCUCAUGUAGUGAGCACUGUCUUUUAACUGUUUUUAAAGGAGUUGAAAAAAGUUACUUUACUUCACUACUUUUCUACUUUGCAGUUACUUUUUAAAAUUAAAAGCACUUUUUUUUUUUUUUUUUUUUUUAGAGCCACAAUGGAGGAGCAAAAGAGCCACAUGUGGCUCUGGAGCUGCAGGUUGCAGACCCCUGAUGGAUGCAUUUAGUUGUCAAGUGAACCAAGGAGUUAGAAGAUCAAACUGUGGUGUCUUUAUAAUCUUCAGUUAAACCCAAAUCCUAAAAUAUUUAUGAGCAGAGAGCAACAUUUCCUAAAAGCUGCUAUCACAAACAGCCUUAUAUUUUUAGUUAAAAAACACACCACCUGUUUUCCUACGAGGUGGAAGACACAACAAGUAUUCUCUGCUUGUCCUUUUUUGAGUUUUUAGUCAGAACUGAUGUGAGAUGUUCAAUUAAAGCAUUUCCUUAGAUGUCUAAUUGGAUUUCAACUAAAAACACUUGGCCUUUGUGUGGUGUCUCCUCUGUACUUUUAACGUCCGGGUGAUCUCUGUGAGAUCGUGACAGUAGUGUUUUCACAUUGAAAAGUCAUCAGCUGGUUUUCAUAUGCUGAAACUGUGCAUGUAUGAUAUUGUUUGGUGCAUCUGUGUUUUUUAAGUGAGGGAGUUAAUAAAAACAAUUCACCAAAAAU